AAAACUCCAAAAUUACCCGCCCACUGUUUCUUGUCCGAGUAUGAAGCGACGAAUCCAAUCCAUCUCUCACUCGCUUGCACGCCUCUCCGCUUCGUUCUCCUUCCCAUCUCUGCCGACUAGAUGGCCGAGCCCCGAACCCUACCACCCAAUUCGGCGAGGGCACUGCCCGAUUCAGACGAGUUCUGGCGGGAGAACCCCGGCGGCGGUUGGGCGACGGCGGUCGUCGUGCUACUCCUUCUCUCGUGGCAGCUCCUGCGGCUCUUCUUCUCCCGUCGCCACCGGGCGGCCUCCGUAGCUGCGGGAUCGUCGCCGGCCUCGACCACGAUGGGGAGUUUGGAAGGAGGUCCUUCGGCAGGGAUAUCUAAGCUCAUAACUGAUGCUGAUCUGAGAGACUUGAUGAUUAGUUUGGAGGGGAAUCUCGAAGAAAAUGAGAGAUGGAAAGAUGUGAUUGAGAAAAGCAGUGAUCUUGUGUCCUACAAAGCGAAGUGCUGCCGGCCAAAAGAUGGUCCCCUUAAAUACCUUAGUGUUACAACAUUCGAGAAAUGUUCGGCAGAGUUAUUAAGGGAUUUCUAUAUGGAUAAUGAGUACAGAAAAGAGUGGGACAAGAUUUUGAUUCAGCAUGACCAACUGCAAGUUGAUGAAAAUAGUGGGACAGAAAUUGGGCGUUCUGUAAAAAGGUUUCCACUCCUGACCCCAAGAGAAUAUGUAUUAGCAUGGCGUGUGUGGGAAGGAAAAGACAAAACUUUCUUUUGCCUUAUUAAGGAUUGUGAACAUCCUCUAGCUCCACGGGAAAAGAAGUAUGUUCGUGUUGUUUUUUUCAGAUCGGGUUGGUGUAUAAGAGAAGUUCCUGGUAGGGAUGCAUGUGAGAUAACAAUGGUGCACCAAGAAGAUGCUGGACUCAAUAUUGAGAUGGCAAAACUGGCAUUUGCCAAGGGAAUAUGGAGCUAUGUGUCUAAGAUGAAUAGCGCACUGCGUCAAUAUUCUUCCCAUCCUAGUCGUUCAAUAUUGGUCCCCAUUCUUCUUAGACUUACUAAAAAGGUCCCACCAGAGUUGGAAACGAAUGCUGCUGAGACAAGUAUUCAGAAAGUUAAAGAGAGAUCAGGCAGUGACUUUGGCAGUCAAAGUAGGGUGGAUAUUUCACAGAAAAAACCAUCUAGAUCUUCAAAGAAGUGGAUAGCAAACGGGCUUUUGCUUCUUGGUGGCAUCAUUUGCCUUUCUCGACGCCGCCCGAACAUUGGCACCCAGCUGGCCAUGGCAUGCAUUUUAAAGAAGCUUAUGAACAAUGGAGCAGAGUCAAGCCAAGUUGAGUCUGCCCAACUUAGACCAGAUCAUCGAAAGACCAGACAUAUUGGUUGAUUUUCAUCAAUAAACCUUCUUCAGCCUGCUAUAAAGUCCUGUCUCGCAGGACAUCUAACUGCUCCAGUAUUCAGUUGUUUAUGUAAUCUCCAUGCCGUCAUGAUGCAUGUUUUCUUUUUGUUUUUCCUCGAAUGUAAAAAGGUCAUGAUGCAUGUUUUCUUUUUGUUUUUCCUGGAAUGUAAAAAGGAAUCAGUCGUGUAUUUUCUUAAAAGGUCGUCUAGUUGUUAAUAGUGUGAUUGAUGAAUGCAUUGCCUUGAUUGGUA